CCCCAUUACUUCAGUGUCUAUAGUUUUUCAUCCAAUCAUAUUCUUUCCCUCGGGGCCUAAACCAUUUUGAGGACACGAAUUGGUUCAAAUCCCAAGGAAAAUCAAGUAUCUUUUGUGUUCUAGAUCAAACAAGUUCAAAAAAAGUUCCAAGAUCAUUUGAAACCCUAGUUUCUUGGAGAAACUGCACUCGUCUCUUCCAAAAAGAUCAGAUUAUAAUCAAGUGUUCGCGUAUAGAGUUCGAUAUUGUUCGUACAGGUUCUACACUGAUCGAAAGGGGAAAAUAUGAAUACUUUCUCGCAUGUUCCGCCUGGCUUUCGGUUCCAUCCCACUGAUGAAGAACUUGUGGACUACUACCUUAGGAAAAAGAUUAACUCGAUGGCAAUUGAACUAGAUGUCAUCAAAGUUGUGGAUCUUUACAAAAUUGAGCCAUGGGAUCUUCAAGAGCUUUGCAGGCUAGGCACUGAAGAGCAAAACGAUUGGUAUUUCUUUAGUCAUAAAGAUAAGAAGUAUCCAACGGGUUCUCGCACAAAUAGAGCUACGGUAGCUGGAUUUUGGAAGGCAACUGGAAGGGAUAAAGCUAUUUACUCUAAGCAGAAUAUGGUUGGGAUGAGAAAGACUUUGGUCUUUUAUAAAGGCCGCGCGCCUAAUGGACUAAAAUCAGAUUGGAUCAUGCAUGAAUAUCGACUUGAAACCGAUGAAAAUGCAACCACAACACAGGAAGAAGGGUGGGUAGUAUGUAGGGUGUUCAAGAAAAGACUACCCAUAGUGAGGAGAGCAAGUGAGCAUGAACCAAUGUGGUAUGAUGAUCAUCAAGUCUCAUCUGUGUCCGAAAUCGACUCACCCAACUUAGGUAACAAUGCUAAUUACCAAUACCCUUAUUAUGGUUCUUGCAAGAUAGAACUAGACCAACAGCAAAAUUACCAAAUUACCCCUGGUCACUGCCUCCAACUCCCUCUUCUAGAGGCUCCAAAACUUCAUCCAACCUUCAAUUCUUCCAUGUCUAAUUACGCGAUCGACAUAAACCAAGGAAACAUUAAUUUGGAACCUUCUAUGCUCACACAAGACCAAAAUUUUAAUGAUCAAAUGGCAGAUUGGCGCGUUUUUGACAAAUUUGUUGCAUCACCAUUCCUUAACCAAGGAGAUGUUCCAAUUAACGGAAAUCACGAUCAAUCUUACCCGCAUGCGGAGGAACAAAUCGUUGUACCAGAAGACGUGUCAAACACCAUCUACAAUUGCCAGAUAGAUCAAUGGAAAUGAUGGAAAAAUCUCCUCUUGAAAGUAUUAACACUUAUUAAUUCUUGUACAUAAUAAGGACCUAAAUUGUCACAUGUUUAAGUAACCUUAUUAACCCUUGUACCUAGCUUUACAUAGUGUAUUAUUCCCCUUUGAUUAGCACCCUAAGUCAAUUAAAUUAUUUUGAUGGGUAUUAUUGUCCUAAAUCCAUCAAAUAUAUAUAGGCAUGAGGGUGCUGCUGUAUUUUAUGAUUACUUGGAUCAUAGCAUUGUCUUUUAUGUGUAAUACUCAUGGGUUUCAUUAUUAUGCCUGUAAUAUCUGUAG